AUGCUAGUGGUCAUUAAGUGGUUAAACAACCUUCUGGGCUGCUGGGAGAAAGAGACGAGCCCGGGGCAGGACCCUGGACGCGUUUCCCGCAGGUACUCGGGGACGGGUGACUUCAGGGCUGCGGAACCUUCCGCCGGGGGAACCUUCCGUCUGGGAGCGCGCGCCUCCAGCCGGACCCCAUCGGGGCCGCAGACGGUGCCUGGGACUAAAAUAACGUCUGCACAGCCCGCGCGGAAAGGCUUCCUCGGGCGCUAUGGAGACCAGAGUGUCGGUGCGGGGAGUCCUGUCGCUCGUGGAGCCUCGCUGGCCUCCACCGAACUUCCCCGAGAAAAGAAAAAGGAAAAGGAAUGGAAAGGCCCAUUCUACUUCAUCCAGGGUGCAGACCCACAGUUUGGAUUGAUGAAGGCCUGGUCCACUGGGGACUGUGACAAUGGUGGAGACGAGUGGGGGCAGGAGAUUCGUCUAACUGAGCAAGCUGUUCAGGCCAUCAACAAGCUGAACCCCAAGCCCAGAUUCUUUGUUCUGUGUGGGGACCUCAUCCAUGCCAUGCCAGGCAUGCCGUGGCGGAAGGAGCAGACGGAGGACCUGCAGCGGGUGCUCAGGACCGUGGACAGCGAGAUCCCGCUGGUCCUGGUCAGCGGCAACCACGAUGUGGGCAAUGUCCCCACCGCUGAGACCAUCGCCGAGUUCCAGCACACAUGGGGAGACGACUACUUCAGCUUCUGGGUCGGGGGCGUCCUGUUCCUCGUUCUCAACUCCCAGCUCCUGUACGACGCCUCCAGGUGCCCUGCCUUGAAGCAGGCGCAGGACCAGUGGCUGGACCAGCAGCUGAGUGUCGCGGGGCAGCAGAAGUGCCAGCACGCCAUCGUCUUCCAGCACAUCCCGCUGUUCCUGCAGAGCAUUGACGAGGACGAUGACUACUUCAGCCUCACCAGGACCGUGCGGAAGGAGAUGGCAGACAAGUUCGCCAGAGCAGGUGUCAAAGCUGUGUUCUCGGGCCACUACCACCGGAAUGCAGGGGGCACCUACCAGAGCCUUGAUGUGGUGGUAUCGUCUGCCAUCGGGUGCCAGCUGGGCAAAGACACCCAUGGGCUCCGAGUCGUGGUGGUCACCGCUGAGAAAAUUGUUCAUCGGUACUACAGUUUGGAUGAGCUGAGUGAAAAAGGAAUAGAAGAUGACCUGAUGGAUUUGAUGAAGAAGAAAUGAUUGCCGUUUAUGAUCCAUUCACUUUUCACUCCCACUAUUUUUUAAUUUUGUCAGAAGCAGCAGCUGCACACAACCACUUAUUGAAUAUAAAAGUAUACCAGGCAGAUUUGUGAAUGUAUGUCCUUUUGCAUAAAUCAGAGCUGGGUCCUAUCCUGAAUUAUAUUUGAAAUAGAACUGCCCUCCCUUUAAGAAAGAGAGGGGGGUGGGGGUUGGAGCCUGGGGAUAAAAGAAUAAAUGAUACUAGAAUAUCUCUACAUGAGUGUUUGAAUAAACUCUCCUAAUGGUGUGUUUCUCAACCAUC